AUAGGCUUUUUUGAGUUUGGGCAAGGACACAGGGGCCUUGUACUCACUUUUGUUGCCAGCGGUUCAGACAUUAAUGGCUGUGUGAACCUAGCCUCAAGUAUGCUUUUUAUACUCACUGUGGAAACUAAGGGGUUAUUCCUCUGCAUUGUGUAAAAAGGCUAUUUGAUCCUGUCUUCUCUGAUCCUCCACUUCUUCUACUGUCCCCAGUCCAUCUGCUGAUUGUACAGAGCUCUAGGGGACACUCUGCACAUGCUCAGUUUGGUGUGUAUUGCUAGAGAGGUUUUUUUUCCUUUGAAAGGGUGCA